CCCUGUUUCCUUUCCUUCACUCUUCACUCCGCUGUCCUCUGUCGCCGCCAGAUCUCAGACGAGACUCAGUCACACUUUCUCUCUUUCUCUUCCACAAUGCAGCUCCUCCGGGCGGUGCUCGCGGCGGCGCUGCUCCUCCUCGCCACUCUCUCCGACGCCCACAACAUCACAACCAUCCUCUCAAAGCACCCUGAGUUCUCCACCUUCAACCACUACCUGACCCUGACCCACCUGGCCCCGGAAAUCAACGGCAAAACCACCAUCACCGUCUGCGCCGUGGACAACGCCGCCAUGUCGGACCUCCUCAGCAAGCACCCCUCCAUUUACACCAUCAAGAACAUCCUCUCCCUCCACGUCCUCCUCGACUACUUCGGCGCCAAGAAGCUCCACCAGAUCACCAACGGCACCGCCCUCGCCGCCACCAUGUACCAGGCCACCGGCAGCGCUCCCGGAUCCGCCGGCUUUGUCAACAUCACCGACCUCCACGGCGGAAAGGUCGGCUUCGGCGCCGAAAACAACGACGGCACACUCUCCUCAACUUUCGUCAAAUCCGUAGAAGAAAUCCCUUACAACAUCUCAGUAAUCCAGAUCAGCAAAGUUCUUCCCUCUGCCGCAGCGGAAGCCCCUGCACCCGCACCCACCCAACAAAACCUCACCAACAUUAUGUCAAAACACGGAUGCAAGGUCUUCGCCGACGCUCUCUCUGCUCAACCCGACGCGCUUAACACCUUCAAUGACAACCUCGACGGGGGCUUAACCGUCUUUUGCCCCCUCGACGACGCGUUCAAAGCGUUUCUCCCCAAAUUCAAAAACCUAACCAAAUCCGGUAAGGUCGCGCUUCUCGAAUUCCACGGUGUUCCGGUUUACCAGUCCAAAGCCACUCUCAAAUCCAACAACGGACUUCAGAACACUCUCGCCACUGAUGGCGCUAACAAGUUCGACUUCACUGUUCAGAACGACGGUGAAGAUGUUACUCUGAAAACGAAGCUCACCACUGCGAAGAUCACCGACACGUUGAUUGACGAACAGCCUCUCGCGAUUUUCGCUAUUAGUAAGGUGCUUCAGCCCAAGGAGCUGUUUAAGGGUGAGGCGGAGGCUCCGGCGCCUGCGCCGGAGCCUUCUGCCGCCGACGCUCCUGCGCCGGCGAAGAAGGGGAAGAAGAAGAAGAAGGCGGCUGAUGCGCCGGCGGAUGAUUCUGAUGCUCCUGCUGAUUCUCCCGAUGAUGCUGCUGAUGUGACCGCCGAUGACAGUAACGGCGCCGUUAAAACUAACGGCGGGAGGUACGGUGGUGGUGUUGUUGCCUUGGCUUUAGGUUUGGUUUUGGGGUUACCGUUAGUGCUGUGAUGUGAGUUAAUUAAUUAAAAAAGGGAGUUUUAGGGUUUAGUUUUUUAAGGGGAUUCGAAGUGAUAUUCCUUUUUUUUUUCUGUUUUUUUAAAUAUUUUUAUUUAAUUAUUGUCGUAUUUGAUAAUGUUGUAAUUUUGGUGGUGAGAGAGCGGGAAUUGAUACACUGACGUGAAUGUUUUUUAUAAUGUAAACAAUUUGUUUAAUUUCCUCCAAUGAGCGUGGUUAGUUGUUUUAUUCAUGAUAAUGUAGUAGAUGUUAAAUGGUUAUUAGAGAUUUGUGAUGGUAA